AUGGUUAUGGCUGCAGAGCCCGGCAAGUCUGGCAGCGAACAGGAAAAAAACAGUAAUUUGUCUAUACCGAGCAAGAAAACCGUGCCGAACAUACAAAUAUGUACGAAAUCAAUACCUGCCGAGAACAGGAACGGUCAGAUGGCUCUUCCAAAACUGGCCAGUUCAGUGAGAAAUAAUAAACAUGAAGAGAACUUAAGAAUGGAUGUUGAUACAGUUAGCCAGAAUGGACAAAUGCAUAGCCGUGUUAAAGAGAAAUUUAUCUCUGAGGAUGAUAGUUCGAACAAUAAUCUGAAGUCUGACGUUUCACCGUCGCAUCGUGAUCAAUUAUUGCUGUUACAUUUGGACCUUAUUGAACGGCAGCAGCAAUUAAUUCAAGAAAAAGACAGAGAAAUUUUGGAGUUGAAGAAUGAGAAAGAGCAGGUAUGGCAAUGGUUUGUUAAUUCUAUGUAUUUUGUAAUGAAAAUAUGGCAUUUGUUGGAGUACUUGAAUGCUUUCGGAGAUUUUUAUACAGCGGUGACGUCACCUUUGUUUUGUCGGUCAGCGGUUUGUUUUAAUUAAUACUUCAUUUUGUAAAGAUCUUUGUCCACUGUCCAGUUGAACAAGGAAGUCUGGGCAUUUGUCAAUUAAUGAACUAA